AAUGUCAGCGCAACAACUCUCUACCAUCGCACUCAUUUUCUGUGUCUCCCUCUCUCUCUCCCUCUCUGAACCAGAAGAAGACUUGGCAGCCUUACUAGCCUUCAAGGCCUCCUCAGACCCUUCCAACUCGCUCUCUUCCUGGCUCAACUCGUCCGACCCGUGUUCCGCCCCCUGGCUCGGCGUCGCCUGCGACCCCACUACCCAUCGGAUCACCGGGCUCUUCCUCGAGGAUCUCAACCUCGCCGGUACGACUCAGCCGCUGACUCAACUCGCCCAUCUCAGACACCUCAGCCUCAAGCGCAACCUCCUCUCUUCUUCUUCUUCUUCGCCUCUCAACCUCUCCUCGUGGCCACACCUCAAGCACCUCUACCUUUCCCACAACCGCUUCGGCGGAGUAUUCCCUAACGGAAUAUCCCACCUCCACCGCCUACGACGACUCGACCUCUCGCAUAAUUCAUUCUCCGGCGAAAUUCCGCUCAGCCAGCUGACUCGGCUACCGCACUUGUUAACUCUCCGACUCGAAUCUAACUCGUUCACAGGUGAUCUAAACUCAGUUAACUCGUCCUUUUCUUCUUCAAUCUCGGAUUUCAACUCCUCUAACAACAAUCUCACCGGAGAAAUUCCAAGAUGGCUUUCUCAGUUCCCGGCGAGUUCGUUUGCCGGGAACAAGCACCUCUGCGGCAAGCCAUUACCAUACGAGUGCUCUAAUCUAACGGUCGACAGUGGUUCGAGAAAAGCUGAUCACAUUCGCACUCGGGGACAAAAAGAUCCGCUGGCGCCCGUGUACAUAUGUGCCGAUGCAGCGGCAGUGUUGGGAAUAAUCGUGGCCGUCACGUGCUGUGUUAUCAAGAGGAGAAAUAGCAGCGGGACCCACACGGUGAUGGUACACGGGCUCGGGUUCGGGUUCGGUUCGGGGAAAACAAGUGGUACCCGUGGUAAAGGGGAGGAGAAGGAAAUGGUGGUGUUUGAAGGGUGUAAAGGAUUAGAUGAAGUCGGCGAUUUGUUGAAAGCUUCGGCCGAAUUGUUGGGCAAUGGGUGCAUGGGGAGCAGCUACAAGGUUGUGAUGGACGGUGGUGAUGUGGUGGUAGCGAAGAUGGUGAGAGGGAGAACGAAGAAGAAAGAGGUUGAUGAUUGGUUGAGGUUGAUCGGUGGGAUGAGGCAUGGUAAUAUGGUGAGCCUCAGAGCAUACCAUCACUCCAACCAUCAAUUGCUUUUGGUUUAUGAUUUUCUACCCAAUGGAAGCCUACACUCUCUCUUGCAUGGAAAUCGAGGACCGGGAAGAACUCCAUUGGAGUGGAGCACAAGGAUAAAAGCAGCCUCAAAUUCUGCGCACGGCCUUGCAUUCCUCCAUUCUUACAACAAAGCCAAGCUCUUCCACGGACACCUCACAUCAUCAAACAUCAUCCUACUCGAUCACUCCGGCACUGCUUGUAUAUCUGACGUCGGUCUCCACCACCUUUUCCCGGCCACCGCAUCCUCCUCGCACGACGCCUACAAAGCCCCAGAACUCAUUCUCAGCCAAAGAAACAACUUCACCCAAAAAUGCGACGUUUACAGCUUCGGGGUGAUUUUAUUAGAGAUUUUGACGGGAAGAAUGGCAGUAGUGGAAGAGGGAGAAAUGGAUUUGGUGAAGUGGGUUCUUCUUCAACGCGUGGCAAGAGAAGAGUGCUGUCCAUGGGAAGUGCUUGAUUUUGAGCUGUUGGCGUACAAAGAGAUGAAGUUGGAAAUGAUGGCUCUUCUGCAACUGGCUUUGCUUUGCGUCGCCCAGUCGCCAAGAGAUCGUCCCAAGAUGAGCAUGGUGCGUAGGAUGAUCGAAGAUAUUCGGAUGAGGGGUACUGGGGGAGAAGUUGGGGCAAAGUCUAUUUUCAACGAUUUAUCUUUUGAUUCUUCGCCGGCCGUCUCUAUCGGAAACCAUCUAAAUUAAGCUAUUUAUUAAUUACUAAGAAUAAUAAUCCUUUUAUUCACCUUUUAUCUUUAAAAAUUGAAGUGGUUUCAAAAAAAUACCAUUGAGUUUUGGAUGCAUCCAUCACUAUUAAAUUUUGAUUUAAUCGUAAUUUUAAAUGCCAAGUGAAUUAUGGAGAUAAUAAAAU